AUGACAGGGGAAACUGGGAAGAAACGCAAGUCCUAUUCAGUACCAUCUAUUAAUAUAGAUCAUGGCUUGCUUGAGAAGUUAAAUCAUAUUGUGUCCCCGUCUGGUUCUACCGAUCUCCAAGCGUUGAUCAACUUUAUUGAUUCAGGAAGUAUCACUAAACUAUUAUCGAUUUGGUCCUUUUAUGCAUCAACAAACGAUCAUACCCAAUUCACAGAUAUCUCUAUAAAGUUAUCGAAAUUGACAUUCCAAAUUAAUUCUUCAUCAGAAGUGCUAUUGUCCCAGAAACAUAUUCUUAUUGAUACAUACAAAGAUAUAUUGAAUAACUACCUCAAGGUGAUAUAUCGUGCCUUGAAUAAUGUUAGACCACCAUUAACCAAUGCCAAUAUCAGAAUUUUGAAUAAUUUGAUUAAUUAUGAUGGCAUAAUCGUGUCUGAAUUCUUGAAUACCUUUGAUUUCACUUUAAAUUCAUUGCCUAGACUUUUGGUACCAGGUAAAGAAGUUGAGGUGGAAACGAAGCCUGCUUUACAAAUCAGAUUUAAUUUUGUAUCAUUUUGGUUAGAUUUAUGUUCUAAUGUUGCUUACUUCCAUAGAUCAGACUUGUUAUUGAAUCACCCAAAAAUUAUUAACAAUUUAUGGAAAUUUCUUAAUAUUGAUUCAAUCGAGUUAAUUAAGAAAAUCAUUGCAUUCCUUGAUGAAAAAGUAUUAGGCGAAGUGAAUUUCAAAAGAAGUGAAAAGUGCAAGAUCUUAUCCGAGAAUUUCAUGCAUAAGAUUCAUGUGGUGUUUGGCAAAACAGAGGAACUGUUCUUUAUUGAUUUCAUGAAUAAGUUAGCCACGGACUCCAAGCAAGGGUUAAUGUUUCCAAAUGACAAACUUUGGCAAAAACCUGCUUCUGGAGUACCAGUCCAAAUCAAUAAUAAGACCUUUAGAAUCGCUAAUAAGUUAUUGUUUACAUUAGUAACUACUUUGAAGCCAGGAGAUUCAAAUGUCGAAUUGCAAUAUAUGGUGAGAGUAUUAGAAGCAAACCCAGAAUUGAUCCCUCCCUACAUGAAUUGGGCAGUUCAACAUGGUGGUGGAUAUCAUGAACCAUCAUUAACAUCAUGGUGGAUUUCACAUACUUUACUUUACUCCAAUGUAUUGCAAACUAGUGUACCUACAUUCACAAAUCCAGAGUUAUUAAAGUUUGAUGCCAAAUUGAUCUCAGAAAGUAUUGUUUUCGCACCAAUUUCUAAAGGUGCUUUGAUCAAUGGAUUGACAACUAAAAAACUAUUACUCGUCCAGUUAACUUUACAAUUGAUACUUUACAUGUUAAAAAGGUUAGAAUCUGCCUUAAAUGCCACCGCCAAUGUCAAACAAGAAUUAGUUGAUCUCGUGUUUGCUCAAUUUCCUGACCUGACUAUCAUUGCUCAAGUUGUAGAACAAGCUUCGUCUAGCAAGCUUAUUAAAUUAACUGGGUUGACGAUCUUACAAAAAUAUGAAUCAUAUCGUUCUUUCAACAACAAUUCAUUAAAUAAGAUUGUUUCAAAUGGUAUAUCUAGUAUCGUGUCAGAUAUGUCGGCAAUAACAGGAUAUGAAUUAACAUUACUUAAUUUAUAUAUUUCCAUUCAGACUGAGCAAGAUUUCAAAUGGUGGAAUAAGGGACCAGGAGGAAAUACUAUCUUUACUUCUUUGAUUACGCUUUCUGCCAACUCAAAUAUCGAUAAAAACUAUGUGAUGAAGAUUUAUCAAUUAUUAACUGGAUUAGGACAAGACAAGAUGCUUUGGAAUUCUGAUGCGUUGAUCUCGCCAAUAUUACCCUUAGUUUAUUCAUUUGAAGGUCAAUCUGUUGGCGAUAGAAUGUGGAAUAUGUUAGAUGAAACUAUUGCCAGACCUGUGAGAACUCCUUACAAGUACCUUGACUUGUCUCAUGAAAAGUAUCAAGACAUUAGUAUAUUCAUAGUUGCAUUAUUUGAGCAGUUCAAGUUCGUAUUGAAAGGAGACGAUGAUGAUAUUAAUUACAUCAAAUGGUUAUUCCAUUUUUUGAAAUAUUUGAUAACCAUUGGUGAAUCUAGAACUGUAUUAUUACAGUUGGUUGAUCUGUUGGAAAUAGGUGAUAUCAUUGAGAAGAAUCACUUAUAUAAACAAUUGGAUUUUGUCACCAGAACCAAAGAACUGAAGGAUUCUACCAUUGUAGAAAUCGUCAUGAAUCAAUCCGUUGAUGAUGUAAUUAAAAAUAAUUGGUUGGACAGGAAAGUCAUCUCUUCAAAUUUGGACUUUUUGGCCCUCAUUAAACUUUUAGAUACUACUUUACAAAAUGGAAAGCCUGCCAAGACGUUGAUAACUCUUUUAUUCAGUAAAUUCUGGAAUUAUUUAAUGAGUUCAGCUGAUGAGAAAGUUUCGAAUUAUUUUUCAUCAAAGAAGGUUUGGUUCAAUUUGUUUAACCUGGAAAAGGGUGAAAAUGUGGAAUUGGCUAUUAGUCUCUAUAAUGAAAUCAUUAUCAGUGAACAAUUUACCGGCGAUAAGACUGAAUUGAGUGAAUUUGUGUUCGAGAAAUAUAUCAGUGGUCAACAAGAUGGAUUAGAACAAUUCAUGUGGAUUAUGUCACCAGAACAAUUACAAAAGUUAUUAGAACUUGAAGGGGAAAUAUUCCUCAAAGCUGUUGAUAGUUGUAUCGUCAAGAAUAUCACGCUUGAAUUCAAAAAUUUUCAAAAAUUGUAUAACAAUUUUACUGGAAAUGAAAGAAAUCGUUUGAUUACUCUGUUAAUUGAUUUGAAAUUAGUCAAUUUCACUCCUGAUGAAUUAGUCCAAACUAUCACCUUGAUUAUGAUUACUCCAAGUGACCAAUUCUUGAUUGCUAACUUUAUCCAAGUUUCAGAUGAUGUUGUAACCUUAUUGAUGGACAAGCUUGGUGACAUUCAAGAUAAUUACUUAAACUGUUUAAUUGCAUAUUCUUUAAUCAAACGGAAGGUUUCCAUUCCUAAAGAAUUCCAUGAUAAGGUAAUUGACAUUGCCUUGACAUUGCUCCAAGAAAGCAAAUUGGGUGAAUUGAAAUGGCACCAGGUGUUGACUAUUUUAGCAACCAGUGAAACAAUACCUACAAACGUAUUUGAACAAGUAUUCCAAUAUUUGGAAGUAAUUGGUUUAAAACAAUCAUUUAUUCCUUCAUUCAUUGAUUUCAUUUCCAAAUUUGAACCUACCACUGCGGAAAUUAGUUCAUGGUUGCACAAAUCAAUGCUCUACAUCACCAAGAAAUUUGCCGAAUCAGAUCAACUCUCAGCAAACUUUGAUGACUUUAUUGAGUGUAUGGGUAGUUAUAUUCUUGGAUCAAAUAUCUGGACCUUGGUACCUGCAUCAAUUUUAAACACCCAGCUUGAAGUUAUUCUCCUGUCUAAAUGGAACAAAACUAGUCAAUACUUGAAAUACAUAACCAAAUUGAUCUUAAUUGCUCCUAAGAAUAGGAUUGACUUUCAAAGAAUGUUCCAAAUUACAUUGAACAUUGUCAAUGAAUUACCUAAUGAAUCUAAUUCCGAGCUGAGAUAUUUUAAUAAUGUGGUAUUAUAUACCCUUUUCAAUCUCGAUGCUGGAAAGUUGUCCACUUUGAAUAAUCUUGAACUUGUGCUUGAGAAAUAUCUUGGAAGCAGUCGUGCAGAAGAUUUGUUGUUGAAAGAGAUUUUGGUCAAGAUGGAAGCAAGCGUUGCUGCUACAUGGUUAGCCAAAGUUUCAAACUGGGAAUUUGUAGAAGAGUCUACGAAUGACGAUGAUUUUGUUCAAGAUAAAUUGAUCAAGAGUAGUGGUAAAGGAGAAAUCACUGUUUGUUUGAAUAAAGGAUUUAUCAGGAACACCUUUAUGUCAUAUCAGGACUUGGUGAUGCCUGAAUUUAGCAAAAUGGUCAAUACUAAGUGGGAUCAAAUUCAAGAAUUUUACCAUAAUAGCAAUUUGAAAAACUCCAAAUUGUAUUCUGCAACCAGCUAUGAUCCAGAAUUUUUGUUGAUGGUUACAUUAAAUAACGAAGAGCUUUUGAAAAUCACUAAGGAAGAAGACGGAUCCGAAAAGGCUAUUUUCAAUAUCAAGAACCUUAUCGAUACAGGGAUUUUACAAUUUAUUAUAUCCACCUUAUCAAAUCCAAAAUAUGUUCCAAUUUCCAAGAUAAUAAUUGCCAAAAUUUUGAAAUCUAUUAGUGGUGACGAUAGCUCAUUUAAGGAUAAGAGUAUUUACACUGUAUACUUGUCAAAUGUGUUGUUUACUUUAACAACCAGUGAAACUAACAUUCCUCAUUUGGUAUGGUAUGUUUGGUCCCAAUUGGUUCCAAUAUUAUCUAAUCCUGGUAAUUUCCUUUAUGAGAAAUCUUUCAGAUAUGUUUUAAGCACACCUAAGUUGAAGAAUAUUGAUAUUCCAUUAUACAAUUUGAUUACUCACCCUCGAGAUGGGGAGCAUGAAUAUUACCGAGAAUUGAUCUGGUUAAUCGAUAGAAUAACCGAAGGUGUUGAAACUGUGGAUGAUUUGGCUGUAUUCCAAAAGGGUAUAAUUGAAACAUUUGUAAACAUAUUCAAUUCUGAAUACGGUAAUACUAAAUUAAAAACUAGUUUACUAAAGUUGGUUCAUAAGUUACAAGGUGUUGAUUAUGGUGCCGAUAUGUUGAUUACCAGAUUUGGUCUUUUGGCUGCAUUGGAAUCGAUUUCAAUCGGGUUGUCUGACAGUUUAAUUGAUAAACAGCUCAAGUUAAAUAUUGACGAGUUAUUGGUUAGAUUUAAGGUUGGUGUUGGAGCAAGUAAGAGGGUUUUAGAGUGGAGUUGUAAUGAUUUAGAACCAAGUAUCAAGAGAAUAAGGAAGGAGGUAGAUUUAUAG